AUGCCUCCCAAGACACGAGCUGCUGAGGCCAAGGCUGAGAAAGAAGAUGGAAUUGAUCUCCCUUCUCACAGCAAAGCUAAGCAAAGUGAUCGCGAGGUGGAGCAAGAAGGCGAGUAUGAGAACAACGACGCCGCUGAGGAGCCAGAGCCAGAGGGCGAAUCUGAAAUUGAAGAAGAUGAGGAAGCAGAGGAGGACGAAGAGGAAGAAGAUGACGGUAACGAUGAUCUUGAUUCUGGGAAGGAUGCGCACGCCGGACAGAAACGUAAAUCGCCACCAAAAGAUGGAUCAAAGCCACCACCAAAGAAGGCAGCACGACAGGCCUCAGACUCCCCUUCUGUGAGCCCUAAGAAAUUGUUGAAUUUCUUGCUCUCAGCCAGAGCUCUUCCCUACUGCUUUCCUGCCGAGGAGCUCGAGGCCGCAAAAUCGUCCUCGACAUACAAAUCCUACUCGCUUUCCUCGCCCACAUCAUUCACACCAUUUGAGCAUCUUCUUUGCGCGCAUAUGCUGUCCAAACCACUGAGUCACAGGCUGGGAAUGCGCAGCAUACGCACGCUCCUCAAUGAUCCAUUCAACUUCAGCACACCUGAAACGAUUGUUUCAGCGGGCGAGCACCGAGUAUGGGAGGCCCUAGAAGAAGCACGAACACAACAUCGACAGAAAACCGCUUCAUACCUCUUUGGAACUGGUAAGGCGUACUCAGAUUCGGAAACGAUGUUUAAUCUGGCACAAGAAGCCAAUGACUCAGGCCCUUCAGGUGUCAUUGAACACAUCAAGUCAACCGUCCCGGGACUGGCUACCGUGGGCGGUGAAAUCUUCUGCCGCAGGGUACAGUGUGUCGAUGGCUGGGGAGAUGCCCUGUGGCCGUAUGCAGACGGAAAGGCAAUUGAUUCACUGCGACAGAUAGGUAUUGAGGUCGAAGAUGCAGAGGACCUCCAGAGCGCUAUUGAGCGUGAGGUCGACUGGACUCAGGUCAAAGAUAUGGGUCUGCACGAAAGAGACUUGAGUAAACAGCAGCUGGUGGGAGAAAUGGAAGAAACACAGAUGCAGGCGGAAUUUGUGGUUGUUUUGGAGCGAGCGAUCGGUUGUGUACUGGAAGGUAAAGUUGAAGAGCUGAAGAAGGCGGCAGCGGCUGAAGCGUAG